AUGUUGAUGAUGUCGUGGGGUCGGAGACAUCACCAGAGAAAGUCAAGAAAGUGGUCGAUGGUAUUGAUACCAUUUUGGGGACCUUUGGGGAAAGGCAAGUUUGCCAUCAAAGCGUGGCACAGCAACAGCUCAGAGAUUGAUCAAGAUGGCAACGAGAAUCCAGUGAGUUUACUGGGUCAUCAAUGGAAAAAGAAAGCUGAUAGCAUUGCUUUGAAGAGCGAGACAGUGUAUACAGAUCUCAGUUAUUGUACAAAACAAAAGGCUCUUGGUGUGGUGUCUCAACUGUGGGAUCUGCUAGGAUGGAUGGCACCAGUUACAAUUCGGUUUCGAAUUGAUCUCCAGAAUCUAUAUCAGUGGGAUGAGGUAUUACCACCUGAAGAAAAGUUAAAAUGGCAAAAGAAUGUCGGAGUUGGUGAUCUUGUAUUAGAAAUCGAUGGGAAUUGCAAGAGAGGUGAGUGGCAAAUGGCAUUGGUGGAAGAAGUAUUUCCUGGUGGUGAUAAUCUUGUUUGUAAA